CUCCCGGCCGGGGUGGGGCGCGCGCGGGGGGGGGCCCGAGAGCGAUAUGCCAUAUGUCCGCCUUGCGUUGUUUCAACAUCGAAGGCAAAGCUCAAAAAAGAAAAAGGUCAGGCCGUUGCGGCAGCCUGGUUUCAUGAGAGAGACGCGCAGCCGCUCCUUGUCGUAAGUUCAAGUCGCAUGCGGCUCGACGAGAUGCUCCGCAGUGCCUUCUUGGCGUCGGUGUUGUACUGCACCCUCCUCUUCUCUGUGACAGCCGCAGUGCAGCGUGAGAAGAGCUGCGGGCCUGGCUGGAGCGAGCGCCGGUGCGACCACCGCGUGAGGGGCGAGAUACAUCUGUGGACCGCCCUCCUAUUCGCACUGCUCCUCCUCCUCUGGGCCGUCCUCCGGGCCAGGGGGUGGCUCGGGCGGCUGGUGCGCAAGACGAUUGGCGGCGCUCCGCAGCACACGCCGCUCUCCUCAAUCUCUGUCGACAUGCCGCUGUCGCCGAUGAAGGAGCCCGGCGCGGCGCCCGCGCCGACGCUCCUCUCCGCGCCGACCCUCCUCGGCCACCGCCGCCAGCCCACGCCGGACAGCGUCGUCGAGCUGCUCCUGCUACACGAGGACAGCGAGCGCUGCACGCAGAGAGACGAGGCCGACGAGAGAGAGCGCGCGUCCCUCGAGCUGGGCAACGAGCUGCAUGCCGACUUUGGCGAGAUUAUUGACGCGCCGCUCUCGCCGCACACGCCGCCGCCGCCACCGCCACCUAGACCGCAGCCGCCAGAGCAGCCUCUGCCGCCGCCGCAGCAGCAGCCGCAGCCGCUGCCACAAGCGUCCUCACCGCCGCCGCAGCAGCCGCCGCCGCCGACGCAGUCGUCUCAGCCGCCGCCCCGGCGGUCGCCGUCGCCGCCGCCGCCGGGUCCGCAUUCGAUCCUGCACGCGGCGACUCGGGCGUUUGAGGCGGCGAUGGCGGCCGGAGGCGGCAGCGACCAGGAGGACGGCGCGGGGUCGGGCGAGAUGGACGUGGAGUUGCUGGUCGCCGCCUUCCGCACCAACCUUGCGGUGACGGAGGUCUUCGGCUCGAUGAUGACCCCCGCCGUCAAGAAUGACCUCGCCAACCUGGACAAGCUCGCAAAGGCGUGGGAGGCGCUCGGCAAGCGGCGCGGUGCGGCGCAGGUGGCGACGCUGCGAGGGCUGCUCGAGGCGGAGCGGGCGAGCGGGGUCCACAAGCCGGGCGGCGUGCUGCGCGACCCCUCCGCCGGCAUCGCCCUCACUUGGCUGCGCCGCUCGCUCGCCUUUCAGCGCGGCCUGCUGCAGGGGCUGGCGGCGGACCGCGGCGCGACACUGAGCGCGGUGGCGACGGCGGCGUACAAGGCGCACCUCGAGCGGUACCACAACUGGGUGCUCCGGGGCACCUUCAAGGUCUGCCUCGGCGGCCUCCCCGCGCGAGACGUCUUCCUCGACAAGCUCGGGCCCGAGCUGCGGCCGGCGGAGCGAGCAGAGGUGUGCUACCGCGAGGCGGCCGAGGUGGGGGAGGCGAUGCGGAGGGCCGACGAGCGGAUGGGCGCGCUGCUGGUCGCGCUCGACAUGGACGACCAGCGGAAGGCGUGAGGAUCGGGCUAUAGAAGUCGUCUCGGUACACGUCUUACAUGCGCGUGCUGGCCGCGCGCGGUGCCACGCUGCCAGAUAAGAGAUCUCUCUGCGUCUCUGUCGCUCUUGUCUGUUCGAGCGCCCUGUAUGUGAAAAAAAGAGAAUGGGCGUAUAGAGAUGUAGCGAGUAGCGGGUUGUGUCGUGCAUGAUACAUAUAUAUGUAAACGGAC